AUGGCUUUGCGCUGUUUUGGCCGCGCGCCGUUUUGGGCGUGUCCCGCUAAUUUCGCAUUUCGCGUUUCGCAUAUUUAUUUUUCACCGCGAAAAGUUUCGCAUUCCGCAUUUUGCUUUUUAUUUCUAGAUUUCCCCAGCCCACAAAAAAAACAAAAAAUGGGAGGAUACGUUGGAUUUGUUGGAUUGGGUUCUAUGGGCGGGCGUAUGGCCAAAAACUUGCUAACCAAAAAUAUCCGCUUGGCUGUAUUCGAUAACAACAAAGAAAAGCUUUUGGAAUUCAAAGAAAAGGGUUCUAAUAUUUGUUCUAGUGCAGCAGAAUUAGCUUCAAAAUGUGAAAAAAUAUUUACAAUGCUUCCAAAUGGGGAAGAUGUGCUUUGUUUGUAUACAGGAAAAGAAGGAAUUAUGGAAACGCUUCAACAAAACACUCUAUGCGUUGAUUGUAGCACUAUUGAUCAGGCAACUUCUAUUCAACUUUCUGAACUUGUACAGACUAAAAAAGCGAGUUUUUUGGACGCACCUGUGUCUGGGGGAGUUUUAGGUGCAGAAAAGGCAACCUUAACUUUUAUGAUUGGGGGUGAUUUGAAUGAUAUUAAAAAAGCAGAAUAUUUAUUUGAAUUAAUGGGGAAGAAUAUAGUCCAUUGUGGAAAAGUCGGAAGUGGACAGGUUACCAAACUUUGUAAUAAUAUGCUUCUUGCUUCUCAAAUGAUUGCUUUGGCAGAGAUUAUGAAUAUGGGGGAAAAACUUGGCUUAGAUCCACAAAUCCUAACAUCAGUAAUCAACUCCAGUUCUGGACGCUGUUGGGCUAGUGACACCUAUAAUCCUGUCCCAGGCGUAAUGCCGGGGACUCCUGCUUCUAAUAAUUUUGAGCCUGGUUUUACCUGCACAUUAAUGGCUAAGGAUUUAUCGCUCGCCCAAAACUUGUCAACUCGAAAUAAAAUUCCAAUACCAAUGGGAGCGCUGGCACAUCAAUUCUAUCUUUAUCUCCUGAAUAAUCCCAACUACGCGUCUAAGGACUUUUCUGUCAUUUACAAAUUUUUUAAAGAAAAUUGGAAGAAUUGA